AGAAUUAGAGAUAGGCAGGCAUCCAUCGGCAGUUAGAGACAGAGAGAGAGAGAAACAAAACCCUAAUUGGUGAGUGGCGAAAAUGGCGCAGCCGGCGGCGGCAGCAGCAGCAACAGGAGCAGCAGUAAUCGAGCAAGUGCAGUGCUUCGGGCGGAAGAAGACAGCGGUGGCAGUGACCUACUGCAAGCGUGGUCGAGGCCUCAUCAAGAUCAAUGGCUGCCCGAUCGAGCUGGUGGAGCCGGAGAUCCUCCGUUUCAAGGCCUUCGAGCCAAUCCUCCUCCUCGGCCGCCACCGCUUCGCCGGCGUGGACAUGCGCAUCAGAGUCAAGGGCGGCGGUCACACCUCCCAGAUCUACGCCAUCAGGCAGAGCAUAGCCAAGGCCCUCGUUGCUUACUACCAGAAGUACGUAGACGAGCAGUCCAAGAAGGAGAUCAAGGACAUCCUCGUCAGGUACGACCGCACCCUCCUCGUCGCCGAUCCCCGCCGCUGCGAGCCCAAGAAGUUCGGCGGUCGCGGUGCUCGCGCCAGGUUCCAGAAGUCCUACCGUUGAUUUCCCCCCUUUUUUCAUGUUAUUCUUCAUAACUUGUUAAAGUACUUUCUCCCUGUCUUAUUUGUUUUGCGCUGAGUUAAGUUCAAUCGGAUUUUGCAUACAGCUAUAUAAUUAUGCUUUAGUUAAGUUUGAUUGCUUCUGCUUUUGUCUUAA